AUGGCACAACGCUCCAACUACGAAUUCUCCAACCAAUCAUCCAUCCCUGGGGGCCUCGGCGCAACGAUAUCCAACUUCUUCCGGUCCUGGGACGACCCGCACUCGGCCAACGACUAUCUGAACGUGUUCGCGCCGCAAGGGAAACUGGUCUUCGGCCCAGCGCCCGCGACAGGUCGGGAGGCUAUCCAAGCGCUGCGCGACGGCAUGAUCCACGCCGAGAACGGGCCUGUCGUCGACCUCGAGCAUACGCUGGGACAGGUGUUUGUGUUGGCGGGGGCGGAGGCGGAGGGAGAGGGGUCCAAGGACGAGCAUGAGUUGUUGGUCAAUGGGUCGAUUUGGUAUCGUUUGAAGAAUGGGAAGAAAAUCGAUGCCGAUUUUGCUUCUUAUAUGAAGUUUGUCAGGCAGGGGGAUGGCCAAUUGCAGGUCGAGUUGUAUAUUGUUUAUCUCGAUUCGUUGGAGUUGGUCACGGCGAUCAAGGAGAUGAGUGCAUGA